UAAACAAUCACGUUGUUCCAAACAGAAAUCAUCAGUGCAUAUACAAUGAAUUUAAAUGAAUCAUUCCAAAUUUUCAACAAACCAACGAUAUUGCGAAUAAAAUCAUGUAAACUUUAAUUGAAAAUCAACAUUUUUUUUUCCACCCUAUAUAAAGGCUUCACCUUAAGGCAAAGUCACAACACACCUCCGAAAAAUCAAAACCAAAAAUCUUGAACCAAUUCACAAAAUCAAAAUGGGAAGCUUAACAAAUGGCAAUACCAAUCUCCAGACAAGCCCAAGAAAUGAUGAAAUUUCAGUGAUCAUGGUACCUUUCCCAGCUCAAGGCCAUCUGAACCAAAUGUUGCAGCUAUCAUGCCACAUCUCCUCCUACGGGAUUCCGGUCCACUACGCCGGCUCCGCCGUCUUCAACCGCCAGGCCAGACUCCGGGUGAACGCCCUAAACCCUACCGACGUCGACAAAAUCAACUUCCAAGACCUUUCCUCGCCGUCGUUUGCCUCCCCGCCGCCCGUGCCCGACCCCUCGAAGAAAUUCCCGGGGCACCUCCAGCCUGCUUGGGACGCCGCCAUGAGCAUGGCGGAGCCCUUGGGGGAUUUCAUGCGAAGCCUCGCACUUAAGUAUCGGAGAGUCGUUAUUAUCCACGACCCUUUAAUAGCGUCACUGGUGAAGGAUGUCGCCACCAUUCCCAAUGCGGAAUCCUACGCCUUCGUCUGCAUCUCCGCCUAUUGCCAGGUGAAAUUCCUAUUGGAAAUGAUGGGGAGAACUUGCCCGAUCCCGCGCCUGCGGGAGCUGCCGCCGAUCGCCACCACCAUCUCCGACGAUCUUUUCUAUUUCAUCGGAUUGCAGGAUGAAGGGAUGAGUUUGAGAUCGGGAGAUAUUAUAAACACGUGCAGAUCGAUUGAAGGCCCGUUUUUGGAAAUAUUGGAAAGUAAAGAGGUCGCCGGAGACCUGAAAAGCUGGGCAAUCGGGCCGUUGAUUCCGGCUACGGCGAAAUCGGAAUCCCGGCAUGAAAUCUUCAAGUGGCUGGAUAAACAGGCGGCAAGGUCGGUUAUCUUCGCGACGUUCGGCACUACCACAACCCUCACAAAGCAGGAAGUAGAGGUGAUAGCUGAGGGGCUGGAGCGGAGCGGACAGAAGUUCAUAUGGGUGGUGAGAGAGGCCGACAAGGCAAACGUGUUCGAGGGGGAGGCGCGGAGGGUGGAGCUGCCGGCGGGGUUCGAGGAGAGGAUUGGAGAGAGGGGAGUAGUGGUGAGAGGGUGGGCGCCGCAGCCGGAGAUCUUGGCGCAUCCGUCGACGGGCGGGUUCAUGAGCCACUGCGGUUGGAACUCAUGCAAUGAGAGCAUGAAGAUGGGAGUUCCGAUCGCAGCGUGGCCGAUGCAUUCGGAUCAGCCGACCAACGCCGUUCUGGUCACGGAGGUGCUCAGGGUGGGGCUGCCGGUGAGGAAGUGGGGGGCGGAGACGGGCGAGGUUGUGACGGUGGAGAUGGUGGAGGAUGCUGUGAGGAGGCUGAUUGCGUCCGAUGAAGGUGGUGAGGUCAGGAAGAGGGCGGAGGAGCUGGCCGCCGUGCUUCGGGGGGCGACGGAGGAAGGCGGCGCGUCGCGGCUUGAAAUGGAUUCGUUUAUUGCUCAUAUUACGCGACGUGACGAUUAAUCUGAUGUGCAGACAACUAUGUACGUACAGUAUGGAUCCAUUAUUGUUUUUCCUUUUCUAUUUUAAGUGAUGUUUAUUAUUGUGGCUCGUAGUGUUUUGUUUAGGACUUGGGGAGUUGUAUGAAUUUUGUCUUCCUCACCGACGUCACCGUAAAUAAUACUCCCUCCGUC